AUGGGUGCUGCCGCGUCAUCAGUGGAUUCACCACACUUAAGUGAGCUGACCCGAAGUGCUCAAAUUGGUUGGGUGACGUUACCGCGUCGCGGCGCUUGGCGGGGCGGGUGGUGGUUGUGUCACGGUGGCAGUUCCUCCGUAGAAGCACCUGUGAAACCGAAUCGCAAUCAAACGACCGCCGACGUCCGUGUCGCUGCCACUAACCCACUGGAAACGAAACGCGGCUCACUGCCCACUAACCAUAUCGGUCUACGCACGUCCAGUAAUGGAUCACGCGACGAGCAACAACAGCAGCAGCAGACGCCUGUCUCACCAGCCAAAUCGGCCAUAGAACCGACAUCGUCGCAGCUGACUAACGGGCAUGAACCACCGAACGGCCGUCAUCCGAGCUCCCCUGGCUAUUACCAUGUGAAGCAGCUGCUGAAUGACGAUUCCCUCUAUCAUGACGCUCGUCUAGCUAAUGAGAUCGCCAACGUUCGCCUUAGGGAAGAGGCGCGAAUCAGAGACGACCGAUUGCGAGGUGAACAACGAUUGCACGACAGGCCACAGGUGCCAUUACAACCACCAAAUCCGGACAUGUACUCGCCACGUGAAGAAAAACCGUCGUCGCAGAUUGGCUCUACGUUUUCGAGCCACUCCAGCGAUGGCGCCGGGGCCGCCUCUGCUCCUCCCCGAUACCCUCGUGGAACCGCUCAAACCGCCUCCGUGCGACCGUCGAUUGCCCCUAAACCUCAUCUUUACACGGAUAGUGUUAAAUCGCUGGCAAGACAGCGUCACUCCGGAGCCGAUUCCCGCAUGGACUCGCCGAGUUUAAUCUCAAACAGCAUAUCCCUGGCGCCUCCGCAUUCUUCACGGCCACCUGGCACUAAUGGCCUUGCAAAUGGUAAUUCGUCAACGAGCAGCAAUACCAAUGGUAAGUCGCCCGAGCAGAUUCAAAUGGAGGCGAAUGGAAAUCGCAGCCCUCGAAGGGACGACGUCGCCAACCACAAUGAGCGUAACAGUGUCGAGAACACGGCAAUGUCCAUGUCAGACAUCCAAGACCCGACAAUAGUCGAAGAGACGAAUGCGGUGAUCGGCCAUGAGGGUGGAGUGUUGAACUGUCCGGCUUCUGGUGUUGAGCUUCGAAUUCCAAAAGGUGCAAUCCCACCCGGUGAAUCGCACGAGAUCUAUGUAAAGGUGUGUCGUGACGGUGAUUCGCCACCGAUUGACAAAUCCAAAGGAGAAACCUUGCUUUCCCCACUUGUGAUGUGUGGACCUCAAGGACUGACUUUCUUGACUCCAUGUGAACUUCGAUUACCACACUGUGGUCCGGUGGAUUCUGAUGGCCAGUGGUCAUUUUCUCUGAAAGCCGGGGAAGGAGGCGAAUGGCAACACAUGGACGUUCAACCACAGCCGAAGCCCAGCAACGGUGGCGGACCAUCAGACCGCCAGUUCCUCUCCGUUAUGAUCACGCAUUUC